UUCCUCAAGUCACUUUAAUGGCUCUCCAAUACAACAAAUAUUUACUGAGUGCUUACUAAGUACCAAGCACUGUGCUCAGCGCUGUGGGGGAUGCACAGAUGAUGUGCUACCUUCCUUAAGGAGACUAAUCUAGACUUUCCUCACAGGUAAGGAAAAUGAGGCUCAAGGAGUCUCUUUCUCCACUGGCCUGCAAACUCAGGGAUCUUCAGUGCAAGCCCAACAUCUCACAUGACCAAGAAAUAAAAUUAAUCCACAUGAGGACUGAAGAGGAAGGAGUGGACACACAACAGUUCCCGGAGAGUUUGGGGAUCCUGAAUCCCUUUAAAAUGUGAUCCAUACUACAAAAGAGUGAUCCUGUGCCUCAUUGAUAUUGGCUCAGCACUGAGCAGGGCAGAAGUGGACCUUUGCUCUACCACACCCAGCCCUGACAGCCUUUCUCUGCCAGGACAAUUUUGUCUUCUGCUCUGAGCUACCAAGCUCCUCCGGAGUCCUAGAAGCCAGCUGGGUCCCAUUCCUUUGGAGUAGCUACUUCAAACUAGACAGGACCCCUACUGCAUUUCUCCCAGCCCAGAAAGCUCCCAGGGCUUGUGGUCAAAGGCCCCAUGGAGGAAAGAGCUGGUCAGCAAGAGCAGGAGAGACACGGCCUUCGUCUGGAAAAGUUACAGCACUGGGCAAGGCACAGGAAGAGUGGGCACCUUUUGGUGCUGGCGGUAAGCCAGUUAUGGCUGGCAGUGGCUGUGGUGCCCUUUGCUGUCUCAGUUGCCUGCCUGAACUCUGCAUGUCACACGGCCACAGUGCUGCCUCUUGGGCCAGGAGCCUCAGGUCUCCUCACUGGGAUUGUCACCCUUGAGCUUCGAAGAGCACCCCGCCUCUGGAAGGUCCAGGCUAUGAUGUUACUCAACACCUUCAACGUGAUCUUGGGUUUCAUCGUGGUGGUGGUCGAGGUGAUGAAGACAGCCUUGGGGCCUGUCCCGACUGUAUCCUCCCAGCUGGCUGGCUUGCUGGUGCUGGAGCUGAGUGCUGAGGCCUUCACCCUAACGGGAGUGCUGCUCUCAGUGCAUGCCCUAUUCUUGCUGAGCCAGAGGAAGCCCGGAUGCUGCAGGAGCCAGAGUUUGCACUAUCAGGAGCUGCAGGAGGGCCUCUCUGAGUUGGAGGAGGUUCCCAGUUUGGAGAGUGGUUCCACGGUGGCCAGCACAGGAAACUGAACAAGUGAGAGAGCAGCCAAGGGGGAGCAGACAGGUGCUGCUCUCCUUCUACCCUUCAGCCCUCUCUUGACGAUCGUGCACCCCACCCCACCGAACUCAGAAGCUAGCUUUCUUGAGACGUGCAUGAAGCCUGUGGGGUGCCUUUGGUUAUUACUCAGAGCAGGCCCCUUUCCCUCACCUCACCGCUCUGAAAAGCUGCUUCCUCCCUUGCGUCCUUAUCCUCCUUCCCCACUGCCUUUCCAUACAGCUUUACAUCUGUCUUAUCUCGCUAUUCUCUUGUCUACCUCCCACAGUUCCAUCCACUUUAAGCCCCGGUUCCCACACAUGGCAACUCUCUGAAUCCAUUCCAGAGAUGUUCCAGUUUCUCCUUCCAUUCUGUCCCUUUCUACUCCAGCGGAGACUACAAGUCCCAGGACGCCCCGCCUGCCCCCGUGACCUGCUGGAAAAUAAACAGCCUUCCCUCCACGGUGGGGGCGCUGUGCAUCUGCAGAGUGACGCGAGGCUCUGGAAGUCAGGGCCUCGCCGAGAGUUUCCUCGGACGCGACCACUGGCCCGCAUUCGGGGAAGGGCUGGGCGGCCAGUCCUGCGCGGGGGCGCCGCCACCCCAGCCACAACAACUGAGAGAUAACUCUGGAUGCAUAUCCCUCUUGCUGGAAGCUUCAGAGACCGGCGAGGGCUAAAGGAUGGCACUUAGCAGAGCCGGGGUUUCCCAGAAACUGUUGCCACCCCCUCGUUCGAGUGCCCAGGUCCAAAGUCCUGAGACUUGGAGCGCGCGCGAGAAAGGGGUUGGAGAUGAUGAGUCAGAAGCGCGGGCCUUUUCUUGUCCCCCUCCCCCGGGGCCUGGGCGUCGGUGGAGGACAAAUUCUCUCGGCAGGCGGAGGGAGGGACGUUGCCACCCGACCUAACACUUUCCCGCCUCUUGCGAGCACGCUAGUGUGACGAGCCCGCGCUGCCGCCACCCUUUCUCUCCAAGGCGGGAUCGGGACUGCGCAGACUCGGCCUCUGGGCAGCCCCGCCGACCUUUGAUCCUGGCUGCCGACGCUUAACUGAAGCUGUGGUUGCGCUCAACCCCCACCGUUUAUGACCUUUGCAAGUGUGCUCGGGUGGGCUUGGGGAAAUCCCAGGAAAACUGGGAGCCUCAGUAGCCCCAGCCGGGUAGUUUGCUAGCCACUAAAAACUACAUACGGACCAGAGCUGGAGUACUAAAAGAACUCACCCCAAAU